CUGUGCAAACAAUAUGGAAUUCCUCUUGUGUUUUUUCCAAAGUGGUCAGUCAAACUCCGCUUGCACCCGCAGUCACUGCAGAACGACCACUAACCGGUUCAACCAACUCUCUCAGAAUUGGCAAAUUGGGGAUUAAUAUUUUUUUUACACGAAAUAUUGAAGUCGUUUGAACCGAGAAGAAAACGUCGAGGUCGUAGAAGUGGCAAGUGGUAAUACAAGUUCAGUGUUUUCUCUUCAUAUUGAGAGAAUUACAGGUUACAAUAAAUUCAACUUCCUUUUAAAAUGAAGCACUUGCUCACUUGUACUUUUGUUUUUAUUAUUUUUGUUUGUGUUUCCCACGCUGCACCUCUAGAUAACAAGGACACGAAUAAAGACUCAAAAUCUGCAUUUGGACAAGCCUUCGACGAAAUAGUAGUAGAAUCACACUUAACCGUCAGAAGAAAAAAUAAUGGAAGGCAAGGACGGACCCAAAACGUCACAAACGAAGAAACGGGAAUCGUCAAAACUAAACGGGAAAUUAAAUUACCACAGCAGAGUCGCCAGACAUUCGUACAACCGCAAACACCAAACCUUCUAGCUGCAGCACCCCAAAAACAGUUUGGAGCUUCUGCAGCUAAUUCUCAAGCCCAGGCUUUCAAUUCUUUCGGUCCCUUGGGUAGUUUCGGAGCUUCAGCUACUGGUUCACAGACUCAGAGCUUUGGAGUAGGUCCAAACGGACUUGUGGGUUCAGCGGGGUUCUCAGGAACCCAGCAGUACAAUUUCAACGGGCAGACAAUUGACAUCGCUUUUGGAAACGCUUUUUCGGGUGUUGGACCGAACAAGGGUGCUGGUGCUGGCGCUGUUAUUACCAUCACAGGACCCGAUGGGAAAAAAAGACCAUUGACGGGAUAAAGUCAGGUUUACAGAGUUUGUAGAGAACUACUAAGAAUUCAGAUUGCCAUUAGUGUAGGUACAGUUGUACAUUUUUAAAAAUAAAGUAAAAUAAACAGAA